AUGGCGGACAAGCCGGAAGUACCUCAAGCCGCACCCGCGCUUGGAGCUGCUGCCCAAGGCGAGAUCGUUACCGUCUUCAUCGGUCCCAAAAAGAAACGCUACAUUGUCCACAAAGACGUCAUAUGCUAUCAUUCGGAGUACUUCCGAGCCGCUUUCAAUGGACGCUGGAAAGAGUUUGAGGAAGGCGUAACACUGGAAGACGUCGAAGUCAAGGUGUUCAACCUUUUCGUGCACUGGCUCUACGCGAAAAAGCUACCGACAGGCUCGAAGUCACUCCUGGAGAUCGCAGUACCAGAUGCCACAUGCGGUAAUUCCCUUCCUGAACGGAAGAGUGCCUCCAAGCUUCUCUUAAUGGCUUCCGUCUUCGGUGAUCGAUUUCUUGCACCGGUGUUCCAUCGUCUUGCACACAAUACAUUCGUGAACAGAUUUGUUGUGGAAUCCGGCGACCACAGUAGCUUGGCGUACGAGGUAGUUAUCUGGAUCUACGACAAUUUACCGAAAGGUAGCCCACUUAUCGAUCUGGCAGUCGAGCUGCAGUGCGUUAUAUGGGAGAUCGAGGACGAUGACGAGGAAGAGAAGCUGCUAUGGCCGCAAUUACCGCAGGAGUUCCUUCUAGCUGUCAUGCUCAGGCAAGAUGAGCUGAAGGGACAAGAGUGCACAGACAUAAAGCUGAACGCGUGCGACUAUCAUCUUCAUGCAUCUGAAAAGGAGAAGAAGGCUUGCCAACAAAAUGCAAAGAAAUAA